UCUUUAUAAAACAGAUUACAGAGAAUUGCAGGAUCUCAUUCAGGAGAAGGUUCUUGAGGGUAACAACCAACAUGGAAAAUCACUGGUCUGUAAUCAAGACGCUGCUGUUGGUGAUUGCCGUCUUUGUUCCUCCUAAUUUAGCUUUUCCUCCUAAACCUGGUCACUGUCCAACAUACCAUGGCAAUCCAGAGUGGGAAAGAAGCUGCAAAUGGGACAGAGACUGUCCUGACAACCUAAAAUGCUGCAUGUACAUGAACAAAGCAGUCUGUGUUUCACCAAUAAUUGUAAACGAAGUAUGUCCUGACACCACUGGGAUGAUUGGGAUUUGUGUAGAAUUGUGCACGUCUGAUAUGAGCUGUCCAUAUGGGCAAAAAUGCUGCUCCAAUGGAUGUGGACAUGUGUGCUCAAACCCAAUAAUAGUGAAGCCAGGUGACUGUCCUCGUCACGGACUCACACAGCGGUGUGGCAAAAGGUGCCAACAUGACGGCCAGUGUUCAGCAGAAAUGAAGUGUUGCCCGAUGUCCUGCGGUCCAGCCUGCAGACAUCCUUCUGCAAUAAGGACACUGGUAUUGGUUUUUGGUGUCUUUGUGCCACCUUACUUAACUUUACCUCCAAAACUUGGUCACUGUCCAUCAAACUAUGAUGGCCCUGCGUCUGACAGCACCUGUUCGUGGGACAAUGAGUGUCCUGAUGGUGACAAAUGUUGUGUGUUCAAUAACAGAGCAGUUUGUGUCCCUUCAGUCCCUAUUGAAAAAAUGUGUCCUUUGAUAAACGAAUUUGGGAUUUGUGUGGAAUUAUGUAGUUUUGAUGACGACUGCUCGAGUGGUCAAGUAUGCUGCUCCAACGGGUGCGGACAUGUGUGCAAAACUCCAAUCAUAGUGAAGCCUGGUCUCUGUCCGGAUCCAAGAUUCACACAUCAGUGUGGCACAAGGUGCCAACACGACGGCCAGUGUUCAGGAGAAAUGAAGUGCUGUCCGACGUCCUGCGGUCAAGCCUGCAGACGUCCCAUCUGAUCCGGCGCUCAGCUACUCUUUUAGGUCAAAGAAAAAAACAUUUUAAAAAAGUGUCAUUUUCUAGUGUGAUUUAUUUCAUCAUUUUUAUAAAAAGGAUAAUUUUUUCUGAAGGUAUCAUAUUGUUAAAAACAAUAUGGCAGAUGGUAACUUCAGUUUCUUGUUUAUAUGUAUUGAGAAAUUAAUGUAUUAUAUAAAAAAUGUAAAUGUUUGAACAUAAAUGUUUUUUUCACAGUUUAUAAUUCUAAUAAACUUAAUCCUGUU